CCGUUGGGAGGGGAAGAGGAAGAGGGACGUGGAAUUCACGUUGCGUUGCGUGUGCGUAGCGAUUUAUCCAACCCCCACGCUUCCUUUCCUCCUUGUUUCUUCCCUAUCCUAUCCCUCCUCCCCCGUUUGCCCCAACAAUCGCAUCCGAAUCCGCCGACCCCCCGGCGAUCCCGUUGCCGUUCCGUUCCGCGUGUGAUCGAGGAGAAGCGCGAUGGCGAAGAGCUCGUUCAAGCUGGAGCACCCCCUCGAAAGGAGGCAGGCUGAGGCCAACCGCAUCAGGGAGAAGUACCCUGAUAGAAUCCCUGUCAUUGUUGAGAAGACUCAGAGGAGUGACAUCCCAGACAUUGACAAGAAAAAGUACCUUGUUCCUGCCGACCUCACUGUUGGACAGUUUGUGUAUGUGGUACGGAAGCGGAUUAAGCUCAGUGCUGAGAAGGCGAUCUUCAUCUUCAUAAAGGACACCCUUCCACCAACAGCUGCUCUGAUGUCUGCUAUCUAUGAGGAGAACAAGGAUGAGGACGGGUUCCUCUACAUGACCUACAGCGGGGAGAACACCUUCGGGCUGUUCUAAGUGGCACAAUCAGUCGUAUAAUGCCUCCUGUAAAUAGGAAAUUAAAAAACCUGUGUACAUAAUCUCUGGUUUACCUCGUUGCAUUGCCUGACAUUGAAGCGUAUGAUGCCCCAAAACAUACAUUUAAGUAACCCUCUGGUUGCUCCUAUGGUCCCCAUGCUUCAGAAAUCCCGUUAAUUCAGUGUCACUGAAUUUGCUGUUGUCUCGAAUAAAUUCAGAUUUCUGUGGUUGUACA